CUCUUGAACACAAGUGUGCUCCCCCUGCUCUCUCUGCUGCAUAAUACUGUUAAGUGGCAUCAUUACGUUGCGCUUACGUAUGUCUUGUUUUUAAUUGCUGUGGACGUCACUGCGCAUGCGCGUGUCUGACAGUUACUACGCGGCGCACAUGCACAUGCAGUCUUGGAGAACUCCCGUAAGGACUGCAAAGUGCGGCGGGCUGGAGGGGCGAGAUGUCGGAGGAGGGCUGCGGGCUGACGACGACGACGACAACAACAACAACAACACGGCGAGCUGUUGAUGAUGACGAUGUGCGCUUAGCUCGGCAACGACCUCCCCUUGUUUAAAGCCGGCCAGCCCGCCUGGGCGAGUCGGCCCUUCCAGGGGCUCCUCGUCUGGUGCACCGCGGUUCAGACCGGUACUCCUGCGAUGGCCGAAGAGGACGCCCAGCAGCAGCAGCAGCACGCGGACCGAGGGGCGGGUAGUUUCCAGCCCGGUCUGCUGUCCGGGCUGCAGGGCGCCGAGGCCGGGGCUCUGCAGCUCCGGAUCAAGAACUCCAUCUGCAAAACGGUUCAGUCAAAAGUGGACAACAUUCUGCAAGAUGUUGAAAAGUUCACAGACAUCGAAAAACUCUACCUGUACCUGAAGUUGCCUUCGGGUCCCAUCAGCAGCUGCAGCAGUGAGAAAAGUGAUCAGAGUGCUGUGUCAUCAAGCCGCAUGCAGCAGAUGCAUGCGUUCAACUGGAUCCGCAAUCAUUUGGAGGAAUACCCAGAGACCUCGCUCCCAAAACAGGAAGUUUACGAUGAAUACAAAAGCUUCUGUGACAAUCUCAACUACCAUCCACUCAGUGCUGCAGACUUUGGCAAAAUGAUGAAAAAUGUCUUCCCCAACAUGAAGGCACGUCGACUGGGCAUGAGAGGGAAAUCAAAAUAUUGCUAUAGUGGACUGAGGAAGAGGCCCUUUGUUCACUUUCCAUGUUUACCAAGUCUGGAGCUACACAAAACCGGAGAAGGACUGCAGUGUGAUGGACUAGAUUCAGCAGGCCACCUCGGCAGCAUGAAGGAGGAGGUUCGCUUCGCUGCUUGUGAUUUGGUGUGUGAGUGGGCUCAAAAGGUGUUGAAACGGCCGUUUGAGGCAGUGGAAGAGUUGGCUCGCUUCCUGAUGGACAGCCACUACAUCAGCAACAAGUCCCUGGCAGCUCUCACCAUUAUGACGGACGCGGCAACAGAAGUGAAGCCUCUGCAGGCAGUUUCAGCUUUUGUGUCCACCACCGACGCACACUGCUUCCAGCCUCAACCGACAACUCUGUCAUCUCCAACUGUCGAUGCCAAGCAACAGCUCCAGAGGAAGAUCCAGAGGAAGCAACAAGAACAAAAGCUGCACUCACCUUUACCCGGAGAGGCUCUGAUCAAGGCGGUGGAUGACAGCAGCGGGCAAUGUGGUAGUCCAGUCUCUCCUUCGCCUCCGCCAACCAUAGGCAUUGUGGUUGCUGCCGUCCCAAGACCCGUCACGACACAGCAAAGCGGCCAGCUGAUGUCUGCCAGUCCAGUGGGAACCGGGGAGGGCAAACUACUGCCUAUAAACUUCCAAGUGGUGACCCAGCCAGUUCAGCCACUGAUACAAACCCCCAAAAGCUCCCAGAAUAUUCUGUCGAGUCCAGUGGGGGAACGCACAGCUCGGCAGCGCUAUCCUCAAAUCCUUCCCAAGCCAGCGACCACCACUGCUAUUGCCCUGUGCUCGCCGUCCACCAUGAUUAUUGCCAACAACCCCAUCAAGACCGUGAUGACCACGUGUCACGUCAGUCCUGUGAGUCUGGUCAAGAUGACAGCCAUCUCACUUGCAGCCUACGGCGGCAACGCCACUACUUCAGUUACAAACACCACUUUGAGGCCAGCAUCUGCAGGCAUCAGCAGCUGUACCAUGUCAGACGACACCCUGAGAUCCCGUCAGGAUAUGAGGAGUAGCUCUGCCCUCCCCAUUCUGGCCCCGAUGACGAGGCCUCAGCAGGUUGACGCCCAUGAUAUCGAUGUCGAAAUGGAGGUUGAGGGUAUCCACAAGAACAGAGAAAACCAAAAUGUGAACAGUGUAAUGAUGACACACAGGGCUGCUAGCGUGCCCAUACCUCAAACUAAAAGCUUCCACACCAUGAAGGAAACUUCCACCUCGAAUUAUGAUGCAAAUAUCCCCGUGAGCACCAACCCCACAGCAGUCACUGAAGCUGGCCUUAGCAUUGACAACAACACAACUAAUACAAGCUCUCUGCACUUAGCUCCCUUCUGUCAGAAUAUGAGACCUACCUCAACAUGCAACGCCAACAGAGUAUCUUCAUUUGGGGAAGGAAUCUGUGCAACGAAGAGCUUCCGGAAGCGCUCAGGCCUCAGUCCCGUCCCCUCUCCUAUCAAGAGGGCUUUUCUGUCCCCUCAUCCAGAAGAGGGCACUGCUGACGUUGGAUACGGCAAUCGAAGACCUGAGAGUGCGCCAGUCGCCCAGGAGAUGGAGGUGAAAAUGAACUCUCUCCUGCCCGGUCAAGUCCAUACACUUGGCAAUGCCUCUUUCAGAGCCAGCGGCUUCUUCUCUGUUGCCAAAACACAGAACUCAAUGCAGAAGAAAAACACUUGCAAUCUUAUGGAAACGUGUACCAGUCUCGGUCACCCAAUAAUGCAGCAACCAGAGGAGCACAUGAUGUCUGACGUGCAUUCCAUACCGAAUACUUCAAAUUUGUCAGCCGGUCAACAACAUGUUCAGACCUACGCUCACGUGAACCCUGUUUCUGGACCUUCGGAUUUUUUGGAUCAAGCAUCCACGUCAAGCCAACUCCCUAUGCAGACAGAAAUAGGGUACUUCCCAUUUGAUGAUGAUGUCACUCAGGACAGCAUUGUGGAAGAGCUGGUCCAGAUGGAAGAGCAGAUGAAGCUGAACAAUAAACAAGAGUUUGGACACGGCGUCACGCUGCAAGGGCAGCAGGCUGUGAUGUCACACAACAUGAUGUCCACCAAUCAGACUGUGAACACUUUUUACCAUGCUGCCAACAGCAGCGGCGUCAGCAAUCUAGUCCAAACACCAACACCAACGCCCACGCCUACGGCAGAAAUGACAGGUGCUCAAGGUUUGACCGGAGAGAGCCCCUGCUCGCGGAUCACCCCUAUAACGCCAGUCGACAGCGCCCUCGGAAGCAGUCGACACACUCCCGUCGGUACUCCUCUCUCCAACUGCAGCAGCACUGUGCCUCCCAGCCCCGUGGAGUGCAGGAAUCCCUUUGCAUUUACACCCAUCAACUCGAGCAUGACUAGUUUCCACGACAGCAGCACGGUCUCCAGCAGCCCCGUCAAGCCCAUGCAGAGGCCAACAGCCACCCACCCGGAUAAGACCAGGCUGGACUGGAUGAAUAAUAGCUACAACAGCAACAAUGGGAUCUUCAAUAAAUCAAACAAUGCCGUGGGAAUCUUGCCCGGCUAUCAAGGCCUCAUAGAUGACCACUUUCAAAAGCCUCACGCCUUCGCCGUCCCUCACGCAAGGCACCACGAUGGCCAUUUUGGCCGUUUGACUCCCAUUUCCCCUGUGCAGCAGCAGGUAGCCAGCAUGGCGAGCACGACCAAGCAGGAGGGCUUCGCCGUGCCUGCUCCUCUGGAUAACAAAGCCAGCAACCUUCCCGCGAGUGGAUCUUUUCGAUGUCGCAGUGUUAGCCCCGCCAUACACCAGAGGAACUUGGUGGGGAGCACAGGAACUAGUGGCCUUCACAGUAUCCACCACACGCAGUGUGUCUCCCCGUUUAACUCUGCGGUAACGCCUGAGGUGUUAAACAUUUUAGCCAACAACCAGGGAAAUCUUGCGGUGAGCAGCGUGGCUCAAAGGAGUCGCUCUGUGCCCCUCAACAUCAUGAUGCAGACGGAGGUUCGACCAUUGCCGGGCCAGCAAUGCAGCGGCAAAAAUAUCGCUGAUGUUCUUCUGACUAAGCUGGAUGGGGACCACGACAAUGCGCGAGGUAUGGGCAUGAAAAAUGUGCCUUCGAGCUACACGGCGCGUAUGAAUCUCACUCAGAUCCUCGAGUCUGAGAACUUCAGCCCAAUCCAUUUGGACUCCACCAGCACACUCAUGUCACAAAGGCCAAUUUACCUCAAUAAUGAACAAAUGUUUUUCUCUGCAAGUGAUAGGCGAGCACACUCGGCCUCUGGGGGGCGGCAGCAGCAGCAGCAGGCCCAGUCCACACAGCAACCUUUAAUUUCACAGCGACAGCAGUUGGGUUUCAGUGGCCCCUUUAAAGACGUCCAACCAGACAACAGCCUUACUACCGGCAAUGCGCUGGUGCAACAGGUGUCGGAGCUAGCAGCGGGCGGGGCCGAUUUUCCAUGUGAACUCAGAAUGACCUCGGAUCUGUCCAGUAGCAUCAAUGACCUUAAUACACUGGAUGCAAACCUUCUCUUUGACCCCAGUCGUCAGCAAGGGCAAUAUCAAAGUGCAGCUCCGGAAGAGUUGCCCGAACAGGCACUUUUUCAGCAAAUCGCCAGUGACACGACACAUUCUGGUGGACUUGAGUGGCUUGAGAGCAAAGAUCACACAACUGUCGGGCUGAUGGGAUGAAUGCGGAGCCUGUUAAAAUCAUGUUGAAUCCGUGGUGACCGUCAGCGGUUUGAUGUUUUCCCACUUUGAAAGCAAACAGGACGCUAUCCGGUUUGUCCAGUUUAAUUAAGUGCCCACCUGAGCUGAAAUAAUGCUGCAGCCCUUUUAUCAAAAUGCUGGUCAUUUCUUUUCAUGUCAUAUUUUUGCUGUAACAGCAUUUGUGACACAAGCAAAAGCUGGGGAUGAAAUUCUUACCUUUUUAAUGUUUCUCCAUCUAUUUUAUACCAAAAAAAAAAAAAAAAUCAAUUCAAUUAAAAAUGUUUUGUAUUUUCUGUACAUAAUUGAAAAAUUGCUAAAUUUGCAGAAUAUAUUCUACAUCGCUGACAAGAAUUAUCUAGUAAAGUCCCAAGAAAUUAUGCUCGCCACUGGACUUGAUAAUAAUGACGUGCCCGUGAUGUUGUGCAAUGUGGAUUCGCUAUCCAACUCACGUGUGAGCUUUUAUACAAAUAAUGUGAUGCAACUUGAAGAGAUGCCACAUGGGCAUGAGGAAAUUGGAGCACUUUGUACAGAAUAUUCAGUAAACAUUACAUCUAAAAAGAAUUAUUACUUUGUGUGUGUAUAGAAGGUUUAACACCGUGUGUACUUUUCAUACCAGGGGUGGGGUAACUGUUUCUCAGAGGCCUUUAUAAAAAAAAUAAAAAAAAACAAAAAAAUUAUCAUUGUGUCGUACGAUAAUUUGCGUGUUAAAAUUGCAAUUCAAUUCCUUUGAGGGUGAAAUAAUAUGGCAAGCCUGGAUGAAAUGCUCACAUACGGUCCAUGUAAAAGUUCCGUCGGUUUCCCCACCCCUGAUUUGUUCAAUCUUACAUGUAAAGGUGUAUCACAAAUGGAGUAAACGCAAGUAAUUCAGUUAGCAGAAACAAUAACUGGAUGUCGUGGUUCAUUGUCCAAUACGUAUGCAAAUUUAAAUCACGACACAUAGGUCGGUUGCCUGUGAACUCUCAAAUAUCCAUGAACUCACUCCUUCAGGCCAAAGAGAUGCUAGUUCGGCCAUUUUCAAAUUAGCGUUCGGUUGAAGCCAUAAUGCACUUGGAAAUGGAAUCAAAGCAAAAUUCAAGUUGCCUGAACCACUGUGUCAACAUGUUCACAUCAUGUGUAACUUGUCAUGUGCAAAUUAAACAACUGUAUAUUAUGCAAUGAGAUGAUCGACGGAUGAACAGUCGUUAUGAUCGUCAUGCUGCACCGACAAUCUGUAAAUUGUGUGCUUCUCCAACCAAAAUGCACCGUGCUUUUUCUCUGCGAGUCCUGAACUAAAAGAGUCCAAAGGCCUUCUGUCCAUAUCAAAGAUCCAUUUUAAAACGUAACUUGCACUAACAUCUUGUCAUCACUGCUGUCUUGAAUGGUGGACAUAAUUGCCGCAGUUUUCAAGGGCUUUAAACAAGCAAUGCUGUACGUAGAAGACUUUGCGGGGCAACAUGUUAGCACUGUCAAAACGAGCGGUAAAAGUGAGCAUUGCUAAUUUCUUUAUGAUUUCCCCUCGUUCACAGUAGGCGUGUUGGUCAUUUUAUUUAUUGUACAGAUAGGACGCAAUGUGUUGUUGUCAAAACCAUGUAACCUUGCACAUGUUAUGUUGUUUCGAAGGAUCCGGCAAAGUGCAUAAUAUUAGCACGGAUACAGUUGAAUUGUUUUUAGUUCUACUUUGUUAGGAUAACUUUCAUGGUAUCAUGCUGUACAAGUAGAGAAGUACAGUUCUUUAAACUUGUGUUCAUUGUAGUUUUGAACCCUAAAUCUGUAGUUUUUUUUUCCUUGUUGAGCUUUUGUGUGUCUAUUGUUUAAGAAUACUCAAUUUGGUUUGCACUGAUAUUUAUUUAUGUUCUUAAGACUUUACUGCUCCUCUUGUAAGUGAUUCAGUUAUGUUGCUGUAUCAGGUGAACAGCAAUAUAUUUUAUGUGCUUUUUAAAGGAGAAGUGCUUGGUUUUUAAAGCUUGUUGUUUU